AGGCGGGGGCGCGGCGGUGGCGGGAGCGUCCCUGGUUUCCGCCCCUGUUUCCCACUCUCCUUCCACCUCCAACGCGCCGGGGCUGUGGAGAGGCUUCGUUCGCCCGUUCCCCGGAGCCGCCUUGCUGCUGCCACUCCCUCUCUCCGCUCGCGGUGAGCCCGUCAGUCCCCGCACUGUGCGCUCCACCGUCUGGGCCAUGGAUGGUGUUGUUACAGAUCUUAUAGCAGUCGGUUUAAAGCGGGGACCUGAUGAGUUUCUUUCUUCUGGCAUCAUUAACGGACCUUUUACCAUGAACAAUUCUACUCCUUCUACAGGUGUGUAUGCUAAUGGGAAUGACAACAAGAAAUUUAAAGGAGAUAGACCUCCCUGUUCGCCUUCUCGUGUUCUCCAUCUUCGCAAAAUUCCAAGUGAUGCCACCGAAGCAGAGGUCAUAUCAUUAGGUCUACCAUUUGGCAAAGUAACUAAUCUUUUGAUGUUGAAAGGAAAAAGCCAGGCUUUCUUAGAAAUGGCUUCUGAAGAAGCUGCUAUUACUAUGGUGAAUUACUACACUCCUGUUACUCCUCAUCUUCGAAGCCAGCCUAUUUUUAUUCAGUAUUCCAAUCACAGAGAACUUAAGACUGACAAUCUACCUAAUCAAGCUAGAGCCCAAGCUGCACUGCAGGCUGUCAGUGCUGUCCAGUCGGGAAGUCUGGCGCUUCCUGGAGCUCUUACCAAUGAAGGCACAAUCCUACCUGGGCAGAGCCCUGUGCUCCGAAUAAUUAUCGAAAACCUCUUUUACCCUGUUACUCUGGAAGUUCUUCAUCAGAUAUUUUCUAAAUUUGGCACAGUCUUGAAAAUUAUCACCUUUACAAAGAAUAAUCAGUUUCAAGCCUUGCUUCAGUAUGCUGACCCAUUGAAUGCACAAUAUGCCAAAAUGGCUCUGGAUGGCCAGAAUAUCUAUAAUGCAUGCUGCACUCUGCGUAUUGACUUCUCCAAGCUCACCAGCCUUAAUGUGAAAUAUAAUAAUGACAAAAGCAGAGACUUCACUCGCUUAGACCUUCCUACUGGUGAUGGCCAUCCAUCCCUUGAACCCCCUAUGGCUGCUGCUUUUGGUGCACCAGGUAUAAUUUCCUCACCAUAUGCGGGGGCUGCUGGAUUUGCCCCAGCCAUUGGAUUUCCUCAAGCUACAGGUCUCUCAGUCCCAGCUGUUCCUGGAGCUCUCGGUCCUCUCACAAUCGCCUCCUCUGCUGUCACUGGAAGGAUGGCCAUUCCUGGGGCUAGUGGCAUACCAGGAAAUUCUGUUCUACUUGUCACCAAUCUCAACCCUGAUCUUAUCACACCACAUGGACUGUUUAUCUUAUUUGGAGUAUAUGGUGAUGUACAUCGAGUGAAGAUUAUGUUUAAUAAGAAAGAAAAUGCUUUGGUUCAGAUGGCAGAUGCAAAUCAAGCUCAGCUAGCAAUGAACCAUCUGAGCGGUCAGAGACUUUAUGGAAAAGUGCUUCGUGCUACACUUUCCAAACAUCAAGCAGUUCAGCUUCCUCGAGAGGGACAAGAAGAUCAAGGUCUGACUAAGGAUUUUAGUAAUAGUCCUUUGCAUCGCUUCAAAAAGCCUGGCUCUAAAAACUUCCAGAAUAUUUUUCCACCAUCAGCCACUCUACAUCUUUCCAACAUCCCACCUUCUGUUACAAUGGAUGAUCUGAAGAACCUUUUCACUGAAGCUGGCUGUACAGUGAAGGCUUUUAAAUUCUUUCAGAAAGAUCGCAAAAUGGCCCUUAUUCAGCUGGGAUCUGUGGAAGAAGCAAUCCAGGCCCUCAUUGAGCUUCAUAACCAUGACCUUGGAGAAAAUCACCACCUCAGAGUUUCCUUCUCAAAAUCCACAAUCUGACUUUUCUGUGAAUUUUUCUCCUAAGACUGGACCAUAAUUUCAGUAAAACGUUCAGACAUAGACUGAAGCAGCUCUAGACCAAUUCUGCCUCUUUUACAUAAAUAAUUUUUUCUGAGUUCGCUAUUUAAGUAUAUUUAAAAAAUUAAGAGAUGAUUACCCCCACACACACUCCCCACUAAUAUGUGAUCAACGAUGUGUUUUUCCUUUAUACCAUAAUUUCUAUGAAAAUGGUCUUCAGGAAAAAAGAAAACUUUUUUUAAUAAUUACAUUCCCCAUAUUAAAUUAGAUUUCAAGAGGACAGACUUUCUUUUAGUUUGGGUCCAGAUCAGCCUUACACAUUUCUAAACUCCUUUGUACUUUACAAAAUUUAAGCAUACCAACUUUUUAAAAUUACUUGAUGUAAGUAAUUUCAAUUUCUUACAACCGUUUUUAACUUUAUGAUUCAUAAUUAUGUUCACUUAUAAAUUAUUUCACCUAUAUUGACAGUUAUACAUAAAUUGGGUUGUUUUGGAAGCAGAUUUACAAACUUCCAUGUUUUCUUUCAAUGGCUUGUUUCACUCUUAAGACACUCCUUUGAAUAUUGCAUAUCUUUAACUUUUUAAGAUUGUUUGGAGAAAUGAAGUGUCUCAGCUGUCCCCAAGGAAAUUCCAGCCAGGAUCAAUUAAGGUGUUAGAAUAAUUAAUAAUUUUAUUAGGAAAAAUCAUGUUUUAAAUUUCAAAAUAACACAUUUGCUGAGUAAUAUAUGAUCUUAGAAAAUUUAAAAAAAAUAAUUCUACUUAUAAACUACUUUUUUAUCAUUGCUUUCAGGAAAAAGUUUACAGUCUUAAGGAAAAUAUUCAGGUCUAUCAUAUGGUUUGACAGAUUUUUAAAAGUUAUUUUUGGUAAGGUCUUCUUUUAGAAAUAAAUUAAUCUCAAGGGUUUUUUGUACCACUAUAAUCUGUAAUACUUAUUCAGAAUUACUGUGUAUUUACUUAAUUUCUUCUUAUGUGCCUUAUUAUGUGCUUAUGAUACAAUAGGUUAGAGUUUUAUCUAAGAAUCUUGAAAGCUAUAUUGUGGGCUUGGUGAGUGUUUUUCUUUUCUUUCCCUGUUUUGGUAAGGAUUUUAAAGUUUUUUUUCAUUGCUAUUUUAAGUGGUUUUCAAUAAGUAAUAGUUUUUUAUUCAAAUUUAUGGUGCUUUGGUGCAGAGAUGGGGUAGGGAAAGGUAAAUGGUUUGGAGAAUAACUCAGUGCGCACCUGUAGGCCUCUUCACAUUGUGACCAAUAGCGGUCUGCCAGUAGGGCAUACCAGUUUGGACCUAUGAAAUACAAUCUCAGUUUCUGGAUCUUGUCUAAUCUUUAUCAUUCAUCAUGUUUUGUCUCAGGAUUGCUUGGUUUUUCUCAGUACUCAAGUGAGAAUUUGCUUUUCUUUGUUAAUAUAACAUCAUUACUGGGUGCCCACAUACACAAGAGUAUGACACAGUGGGUUCCUUCUCAUCUCUGUCCUGUUUUCUUUUUGGCUGAAUGUAAGAAUACAUUUUAAUGUUGCUUCAGUAAUUGUAAAAUGUAAAAUUGUUUCUUUUUAAUGAGAAACUUUGCUUUUGUUAAUUACUCCUUCAAUGCUUGAUCAGAUUUUUUUAAAGCAGGAAUUGUCAAAAGGGACAUUUUUGUCACCACUUUUACACUUUUCAGAUUCUCAGAGUUGCUCAUCUCAUCUUUAAAAUGAAUAUCUCAAUCUUUUUGCUAUAUUCCAGCCAUUAAUUUGAACACAGGAAGGUUUCUGCAAGAGAUGUUUUACAAAAAAUCAGAGACAACAGAGGCUUUCUGCUUUCUGUUUAAAAAAUUCUGCUUUCUGUUUAAAAGCAGAAUUCAAGCAACACUGAGCAAUAGUAGGUUAGUAGAAUAGGAAGGAGGACACUAAAUUGAGACAUUUUGGGUGGAUCAGUAUAACAUUGGCUGAAUUGAUAGGUAUAAUCACUUAAGUUUUUAUUUUUUCAUUUAUGAGAUAUAUUUUUAGUGAAACACUGAGUUAAGGGGGGAAGAAAAAAUUUGAGAAAUCUCCCAAUAUUGCUUCUUUUUUCCUUUCAUAUAGGCACUAUUAAAAUUUUCAACCUGUUAAAUUGGAUUAUUUCAUUUGCUUUGAGUUAAGAAUUAUUGUGUAAUUUAAAGUCAUGACUCUCCUAACAUUCAGUGGGUAAGCAUAGCAAAAGUGUAGCCGAAGGGAGAUCAUAAUGGUGUUGAAUGUACUUUUGAAAUAGGGCAUGGUUUUUAAAUCUGAGAGAGAACAUUUGAAUCCUUUUCAGGGAUUUGUGUGUGUGUGUGUGUGUGUGUGUGUGUAUGUAUGUGUAGAUAAGUGUGUGUGUGUGUGUGCGUGCAUGCACACACAUACAUACACUCCUGAUGUACAUACAUAUACACAUUACAUACUUUUUAAUUUAUUGACAAAGAAAAUCAAAUUAAGAUUUGAGAAAGUGAGGUAUUCUUAUUUAAAAUAGUGUUUGAAACCAUCAAUUUGUAGCACAUCAAUGUUGUCCAUACUGGGCUAUUUGCUAUUUGAAUUUUAGAAGUCUACGGUAUUUGUGUUGGCAUAGUUUCUGUAAAAAGUUUUUAAAAUAUCAGGGUAGUGGAAAAAUUAGAUCUUUGGUGGUGGUGUUUUUGUUUUUGGCAUGCGCUUAUUAGAUACCUUCUAAGCCAUGUUUUUGCUGUUGAGCUGACAUAGUAUUCUAUUUUUAUGCUUGCUUACUUUAUUUUAAGGAGUAUUGUUUUAUCACUUUUGGAAGUGUCUUCACUUUUACACGAAGUAUAUAUAUUCAGGACUUUUAAAAAAUAGCAGUACAUACUAGUUUAAUAGUAGCAAUUUAUGCCAAAACAUUUUUUUUUAGAUUUAAAUAACUUGCAGAACAGUAAAAUGUGUUUUGUGUGAGAUACAAAUAGAAAAAUGACCCAGUAUCUUAAUUGAUAACUGAAGAAUUUCAGAGGUUUACCCAGUAUCUUAUUAAAUUCUUUUUAAGACUAAAUAUUAUGAUCAUUUAUUUGUAGUAACAAUGUUUCUGAUUUUUUGGGGGGCUGUAGUUGGAAGAUGCAGACCUCACAGUUUGUAGAGACAUAACUUCUUUCUGCUUGCCUAAUUCUGCCUGCCUAAUUCUUUAAGGGAGCAGAGCAAUGCCUUCUUUGUCUGUGUACAAUAGUAAUCAUAGAUUUUACAUCAGUUGGUUAGAAAUAACUCUCAUGAAUGUCUGUUCAGUUUCAUGUAAAUUUUGCAAAGCUUCCAUGUCCUUAACACAGCAAUGUUUAUAUAUACAUUGAGUAUGUUAUCAUGCAAUUGCUCCUCUGUUCCCACUAAAUAUUUUUUGGACAAAAGAUGACAAACGCAAAAGUAUGUGCCCCCCCCCCCACCAUGUGUCACUUAAAAAACGGAAGUUUGCCAAGCUAUUAGCCCAUCUCUUAGAAAACCUAAUGUGUACUGCUAUUUUUAAAACCAAAAAGACGGCAUGACUAUGCGUAAAAGCAUUUUUCUUAGCCUUUCCUUUGUCUUGAUCUGUGAACAAGAAUAAAACUGCCAGACUUAAAAUAUUCUACUAUUGUGCUAAAAGAAAUACAAUUUAGAUUGCACAAAACUUUUCCUUUAAAGAAAAUAUAACUCAGCAAUCUUUUAAAAGAGCUGUGUUGUUACCUACAAGACUAUUUGCAGUCUUUUUUCAGAGCAAAUUCUAACAGUUAGUUGUGAAUUGUUUUAAAAAAUAGAAAAUUAAUGAAAUAUUAGUUUCAGGGGUUUUAUAGAGGGAGAAAAACUAAACGGGACCAAAGUUUAUGUGCCUUCUUCAGUAGUCUUAAUUGACCUAUUCUUCCUAUUCAAAACUAAGAUAGUAUCAGUAUGCUGGUUUUCAGGAAAUAUGUACUAUAUAGUUUUAAAAGAAUGUUAUCCCACAGACUAUUCAUACAAGUGAAGAAUUGUAACUGAGUAAAUGAAGUCUCAGUCACACUUUUGCCUUUAUUGCAUAAUAUUCAUUAUAUAGCAUUGUGCAGGUCCAAGAACAGAGCUGCUGUAAAUCUUUGUGGUCAUCAUCUUAGUUUUUGUAACCUGAGGCAUGUGUUCCAGAGAACAGGGAUAUUUGUCUGGUCCAAUGACCUUGGUGGUAAUAGUCAUAAUUGAAAGCUGCUUAUGGCAAGCUUAAUACAGCACUGUAAACGGAUUUUUGUUGUGUUAUUUUCACUUCUUAAAUCUAUAUAGUAGUUGUAAUAACAGAUAUUUAAAUAGCUAUUUUUGAUGUCAUACUCUGGCCUUCCCCCACCCUUGCCAUUGUUACCCAGAUAUUUAAAAAAUUCAUCCCAUACCCAGAAAGUACUAAUUAUAAAGAUCACCGACCAAGCAAAGUUUUGCAUCAAAAUGUCACCUCAUUGCUCUGACCAAAGACUGACUUCUGGUUUUAACUUGUAGUAAGCAUUUUUUCUGACGCUCCUUUCUGAAAGAAGACCCAGCGCAAAGCGGCCUUUACUUUCUAUUUCCUAUCGGUGAAUAGACUACUUAGAGAAAAUGGGAGUUAAAAUGUGAACAGAAUGGAUUGGGAUGACAAGGGUUUAAUGGGCAUUUUCAGUACUGUAUUUAAGAAAAAAAAUAGCACAGCUAGGAGCCUCUGACAUUGUCUUGUGUUUUACAUGGUCUGUUCAUAAGAUUCCCUUUUUCGGUUUAUAAGAAUGUUCAUCUAACAGAAGAUGCUGUAAAUAUUUGUAACAACAUUUUUUUUAACCAGGCCAAAAAAGAAAAAAAAA